AAAAAAUAUAUAAAUUAUUACAGAGCAUGGAAAACACACCUGUAGGUGUAAGAAAAGGUGCAUGGUCCACAGAAGAAGACGUACUCCUGAGGAAAUGCAUUGAGAAUUUUGGUGAAGGAAAAUGGCAUCUUGUACCUCUUAGAGCAGGGCUGAACAGAUGCAGAAAGAGUUGUAGGUUGAGAUGGUUGAACUAUCUGAAGCCAAAUAUUAAAAGAGGUCAAUUUAACAAUGAUGAAGUUGAUCUUAUUAUCAGGCUUCAUAAGCUCUUGGGAAACAGAUGGUCACUAAUCGCCGGUAGACUUCCGGGAAGAACGGCCAACGACGUGAAGAACGUCUGGAACAGCCACAUUGAAAAGAAGCUUCUCUACGGCGGCGGCGGCGGAGACGGCGGAGAAAUUACUGCGAGGGCUGCGGCGGCGGCGGCCAAAGUUGUGCAUAAAGCGAUUACGUCCACCAACAUCGUACGGCCCCGACCUCGGACCUUCCCGUACUUAUCACCUCCUACAGACGAAAAUCCGACGAAAGCAAACAAGAAGAGAAACCCAUCUUCUUCUUCUUCUUCCGCCGCGGCGGAGGCGGAGGCGGAGGCUUCGCCGCGCGAGACGGAUGAAAUCGUAAGGUGGUGGAGGAAUUUGCUUGAAACUACUACGACGGAAGAUGGGAUAUUGGUCUCCGGCGAGGAGGAUAUUCAAACGGGGAAGCUGUGCAGAGAAAUGGCGGCGGAGUUGCAUGAGGAUGACGGCGGCGCCGCCGUGCAGGCGGAGGAUGAAGAUGAGUUUGAUGAUUUAUUCCUUGACGUGGAUGUUUGGGAGCUUCUCACAUUCAACGAUGAAAGAGAUGAUGAUUCGUGGGGCCUACUGGGGCCUAAUUAAUUAAUUAU